AUGGUUGGUCAAAUGAUAGCACGUCGUGUAGUUGGAUUAACUCUUGAAUUGAUUAAAGAAGGAAAAACUGCUGAUCGAGCUUUACUUAUCGCUGGCCAACCUGGAACAGGCAAAACUGUUAUUGCUAUGGCAGUAACAUUUCUUGCAUUGUUUUCUGGUGAUACCGGCCAAAUAAAAUCUGAAGUACGCGAACGAAUUAAUGAUAAAGUUGCUGAAUGGCAUGAAGAAGGAAAAGCUGAAAUUGUACCUGGUGUUUUAUUCACCGAUGAAGUUCAUAUGUUAGAUAUUGAAUUUUUUUCGUUUUUAAAUCGAGCUUUAGAAAGUGAUAUGGUACUUAUUUUAAUAAUGGCUACAAAUAGAGGAAUUACGAACAUACGUGAAACAAAUCAACAAAGUCCACAUGGUAUUCCAAUUGAUUUACUUGAUUGUCUAUUGAUUAUGACGACAGAACCAUAUGAAGCUGAUGAAAUUAAAUAA